AUGGGUCAUCUCGUCACCCUUGCUACAUGCUCCCUUAAUCAAUGGGCUCUUGAUUUUGAAGGAAAUGCCGAACGUAUCAUUGAGAGUAUCCGCCUGGCCAAAGCGGCUGGCGCUACUCUACGUGUUGGUCCAGAACUCGAGAUCACCGGAUAUGGAGUUCUCGAUGGAUUCUUAGAGGGCGAUACCUUCCUGCACUCGUGGGAAAUGUUGGCUCGUAUCAUUGAUCACCCCGAUUGUCAGAACAUUGUGGUAGAUAUCGGCAUGCCAGUUCGCCAUAGAAACGUACGAUACAACUGCCGUGUGAUUUUCUACAACCGAAAGAUUAUCCUGAUCCGCCCGAAAAUGUGGCUUGCUAAUGACGGCAAUUACCGAGAGCUGAGACACUUCACUCCGUGGCAACGGCCUCGUGAAGUUGAGGACUACUAUUUGGAACAAAUCGUGGGCAAGAUCACUGGACAAUACAAGGUGCCUUUUGGUGAUGCGGUGAUCAGCACGAGAGAUACGUGCUUGGGCCUCGAGACUUGCGAGGAGCUGUUUACUCCUAAUGGCCCUCAUAUUCCUUAUGGCCUUGCUGGUGUUGAGAUUUUCUCAAACUCAUCAGGUAGCCACCAUGAGCUGAAGAAGCUGAACACUCGUAUCAACCUCAUCACCCAAGCCACCAAACUGAGCGGAGGUAUCUACUUGUAUGCCAACCAGCAAGGUUGCGACGGUGACAGGCUCUAUUAUGAUGGUUGUGCGAUGAUAGUCGUCAAUGGCAACAUUGUGGCUCAAGGUUCCCAAUUCUCCUUGAAUGACGUGGAGGUUGUCACAGCCACGGUAGAUAUAGAAGAGAUUCGGACGUAUCGCGCCAGCUCUAGCCGGAACAUGCAAGCCAGUGUACAGCCUCCGUAUAUCCGCCUUGAUUUAGAUGUGAGGCUCUCCCGCCUAGACGAUGACUCAGAGCCCAGCCUUGCCCCGUCCGAGUCACUUCAACCAAAAUACCAUGUCCCAGAGGAAGAAAUCGCGCUCGGCCCGGCUUGUUGGCUUUGGGACUAUCUGAGGAGAAGUGGUGCUGCCGGUUACUUCCUUCCCCUCAGUGGAGGCAUCGACAGUUGCGCUACAGCUAUCAUUGUGCACUCGAUGUGCAGAGAAGUUGUGAAGGCCGUCUCUGAAGGAAAUGAGCAAGUCAUCAAAGAUGUCCGUAGGCUGUGCGCAGAGCCUGAGGGAUCCACCUGGCUGCCCAGCACAAGCCAGGAAGUUUGCAACCGUAUUUUUCAUACCAGCUACAUGGGCACUCAAAAUUCCAGCCAGGAGACAAGAGAUAGGGCUAAGGGACUAUCCAGAGAUAUUGGAUCUUAUCAUAUCGAUUUCAACUUUGACACUGUUGUUUCGGCCAUCACAAACCUUUUCACCAUGGUCACUAGCUUCCAACCUCGUUUCAAGGUUCAUAGUGGCUCCCAUGCAGAGAAUGCAGCAUUGCAAAAUGUUCAAGCUCGUCUGAGGAUGGUCCUGUCGUAUUUGUUUGCUUCGCUACUUCCGACUGUUCGCCAACGCCCGGGUGGUGGUGGACUGCUUGUGCUGGCAUCUUCCAACGUGGAUGGCUACUUCACCAAAUAUGAUGCGAGUAGUGCAGAUUUGAAUCCAAUUGGAUCCAUCAGCAAGGUCGACCUCAAGAAAUUCAUUGCCUGGGCGCGGGAUUCCUUCGAGAUCCCGAUUCUGCAAGAAUUCCUCACAGCCACCCCAACAGCCGAGCUUGAGCCCAUCACAGCUACAUAUGUGCAGUCCGAUGAGGCCGACAUGGGCGUGACAUACGCCGAACUUGGCCAAUUCGGAUACCUGCGCAAGGUUUCCAAGCUGGGGCCCUGGUCCAUGUACGAGAAGCUGCUCCACCUGUGGGGCAACGAGUACAGUCCUCGCGAGAUCUACCAGAAGACCCGCCACUUCUUCUAUUACUAUGCCAUCAGCCGGCACAAGAUGACUACCUUGACGCCCAGCUACCAUGCGGAGCAAUACUCGCCUGAUGAUAACCGGCAUGAUCUGCGCCAGUUCUUGUAUCCUCCGUUCACAUGGGCAUAUAAGAAGAUGGAAGAGAGUGUCAAGUACUGGGAGUCUAGGGGAUGGACCGCUGGCAAAGCACAGAAGAAGAGUGUCAAAGCGGAUUAG